AUGUUUGUUACAAAGGCACUUGCGUUGACCGCUACCCUCCUCGCUCCCUGCAUAAUGGCAGAGAUGCGGCUUAAUGUCACAGCGAUCAGUGCACAAGACGGCGCAUCUACCUUUGAGUGUUGGGAAGUGGAUUCGCCUAUCACCGCUGACGGUAAUUUAAGCCUGGGGAGAGUACAAAAUAUCACCUGGAGCGUUAUCCCACCUGGGAAGUUCGAAGGACCACACAACGCCCCGUACAAUCUGUGGCUGUUCUUGAUAAAAGGAAUGUUUCAUUUCACGAUCCCCGGCAACGAUUCAACUGUGGCCUACCUCACGGGCGGGGAAUUCGGUCUUUUGUUCGCGGCUGAUACGGCAGAUGUAAGCCGCACAGGCCACACGAGCGCGUCAAUGGGUGAUACCGAGACUGUUUUGCCUCGAAUUGCCACGGAGGGUGGAAUGCUCCCUAACCGCAAAAGAAUACAUAUGGGCGCAUGUGAUGUGACGGAAAAAGCAGGUUGGAGGAGACUAGGCUGGAACGAGGACAAAACCUGGAGGCUUGGGGGCCAGAAAUAG